AUUGUAUUGUUAGAGUAGCUUCCCCUUACAAAAAAUGUUAACAUGAAGGUUAGACAAGUUUUUAAACAACUUUCUCGUAAUUUAAGACAAUUUAAAAAGUUAGAUUAUGUUCAAGCUAGAAACAUUAGCUUUUUUGAUCAAUCAAAGAGUAGCGAUUGGAAGCAGGCCGUGUCGGAAGCUGAGAAGAUUGUUGGCUACCCCACUUCAUUCAUGAGCUUGAGAUGUUUGUUAAGUGAUGAGCUUGCCAAUGUUGCUAUACAGAUCAGGAAAUUGGUUGGAACAAAGCAUCCACUUCUUAAAACAGCCAGGGGAUUCCUUGACAAUGGAAAGCACAGUUUGCAGACUAGGGGAUUAAUUGUUUUACUCAUGGCUAAAGCUGCAGGAGCUGUGGAGGGAUCAUUUGACCAGCAUGAGAUGGUCAGUGGUAUAUACCCUAAUCAAAGACAACUUGCAGAAAUCACAGAGAUGAUUCAUACAGCCAAGUUAGUUCACCAAGGUGUAAUUAACCUUGACAGCCUGCAAGAGACUAAUGGAUCUUAUAAAGAUAUGGAGUUUGGUAAUAAGAUAGCUGUACUCAGUGGCGACUUUCUACUUACAAGUGCUAGCACAGGUCUUGCUGAACUUAAUAAUACAUUGGUAGUAGAGAUGAUAUCACAGGCAAUCGGAGACAUGAUGUCAGCGGAGUUCACACAUUUAAGAGAUCGUAAUGGCAAUGUGCUACUACCAGAUACAGUCAAGUUUUCUGACUGGGAGCAUCAAGUAUAUCUCCAGUCUGGAAGUUUAUUGUCAAAGAGUUGCGAAGCAGCACUCGAGUUAGCCGGACAUGAAGAUAAUCUAAAACAGGCUGCAUCCGAGUUCGGCAAAAAUGUGGCUUUUGCACGACAGAUGCAUGAAGAUUUGUUACCAUUUAUUAAUAAAGUCACAGAUGUUAAUGGUAUUCUAUCGUCUGCUCCGGUUAUAGUUCACACAGAACAAUAUGGACAGGGGAGCAUUUCACCUGACUUUAGCACUAACCAGAUAAUCUCGACUGUAAUGCAGACUGGUACAGCAAUAGACUGGUGUCAACAAAAGUGUGCUGAGUACGGUCAUAAUGCAUUACACAGUCUACAAAGUUUUCAACCAUCAGACGCUAAAAAUGCCCUCACUAAAAUUAUUCAUGCCACAACAAAUUUUAAAUCAUUAAAAUCCUGAUGUAUACAUAUUUUUAUCAUGUUAAUUUUUUUGUAUCUCAUAAAAUUAUUUGAAGUAAAUUAUUUACAUGUCUUA